AUGGCUUCCAUUCUUGUGAUACUCAUCUGCUGCUUUGGUCCUUUCCAAGGAGUCUCCGCCACACAGCAAGCAUUCCGCAUACAGCCCGACAAUGGGACCGCAGUGCAGGGAAGCACACAUGUGUUCAUCUGUGAAGUAGAACAUCCAUCGGGCACGGUACAGUGGGUAAAAGAUGGGCUUCUUCUGGGGCCCGACCGCAGGAUACCCGGCUUCCCCCGUUACAGCAUGACCGGAGACCCCAAAAAGGGGGAGUACAACCUACGCAUCGAACGCUGCGACCUCUCUGACGACGGACAAUACCACUGCCAGGUGGGGAGGUCAGAGGUCAGCCUUGGCAUCGUCUCCAUUACGGCUCUAUUAAAUGUAUUGAUCCCUCCGGAAGUGCCGGUAUUUAAGGAUCACCUGGCGGGCAGCACGGUGACCUGGGUCUAUGGAGAGGAGUAUCCUGUCACUUGCAGCAUCAAGAAUGCCAAACCGGCGGCAGUUCUGACCUUGACCAAAAGUGGUGUAGAAGUCACCGUAGAAUCCAGUAACAGUCCCGGGUCUCAAGAAAAGCUGGAGAAUUCGGAGAUAACAGCACAAAUCAUUGCGCAAAGCACGGAUAACAGGAAGCUCCUGGUCUGCUCCGCCUCCAAUGCAGCCCUUCAGAUGCCACUGAUCGUGAGCUUCACCAUGAAUGUGCUAUUUCCCCCUGACACCCCAACCAUCGACGGCUACGAGGGACCCACUAUAAAGGCAGACGAAACGUUGAAACUGACCUGUACGUCUAUGAGCGGGAACCCUCUGGCGACUUUGCAGUGGCUGAAGAAUGAAGAAGUUGUGAACACGCGCUGGGAGACGGAUUCCAAGAAGGGGUUAUCCAGGAGUCACCUGACCCUUAACAUCAAGGCGGAGCAUAACUUGGCCGUCAUUAGUUGCGAGGCCGUCAAUCAUGUGACGCCCAUGGUCCUCCGGACCAGUAUCACGCUCAAUGUCGUGUUUCUUCCCACUAAAGUCACCAUCCUGGGCCCCACUAGCGGUGCGGAGAACAAAAGCCUGUCCCUGUCCUGCUUCACAGCUACCAGCAAUCCCCCCGUCUCCAUCCGCUGGUGGCUGGGACCAGUGGAAUUAGGAGAUACGGUGGUGACCAUAACUGAUUCUGAUCAUGGCGGGAAGGUGACUAUGUCCAAUAUUACCACCGUAGUGCAGAGAGAACAUAAUGGAAUGCAGUUGACUUGUGAAGCCUUCAAUGAAGCCAUCCUCUACAGCAAGGCCAACAGUGUUCAGCUAAGCGUGCAGUAUCCUCCUCAGAAAAUAUGGCUAGAGGCCCCUCCCCUCGACAUUCGCUUCCGUGCUGGUACCCGCGUCAGGUUAACCUGUUUCUCCAGUGGGGGGCAUCCAGCACCACGACUCAUUUGGCUAAAGGACAAGAAGGCGCUGACGGAAGGGAAGCAGAUCGUUGCAGGGAAGAUUGUUUCUCGGGAGAUCAACCUGGAAACUGUCCCAAGUGACAACCAGGCCACGUACCGCUGCAAUGCCACCAAUGAUGGAAAGCCUGCACUGUCUGCAACAACCAAGAUCCAUGUUCAAUUCCCACCUCUAGAUGUGAAAAUCAUCAACGAGCCCAAGGCGUUUCAACGGGGCACUAACAUCACUCUGGAGUGCCGCAGUGGCAGCAGCAACCCCGAGUCCAAAAUAACAUGGGUGAAGCAAGGAGUCAUUUUGAAGGCAAUGGAUCUGGGGGUGAAGAACGCUGAAUAUGGUGGAAAGUCGACCUCCAGUAGAGUCAUGCUGAGCUUGUCCUCGGCAGAUAAUGGAAAGCGGGUGGCCUGUGAGGCUUACAGCAAUGUCCUGAAGGAGGGCGUCAACACUUUCUACAAGCUCAACGUCCUCUUCCCCCCGGAGUUCACUGACGACCAGCCAAAGGUGGUCCAGGCCGUGGAACAUGGCGCCGCUCUCAUCCCGGGCCACAUCAGAGCCAACCCAGCGGAGGUCACCUACACCUGGACCCGGCACGGCGAGACGCUGAACAGAGAGGGAGCUUACAGACAUCACCUGCGCGGAGCCGGCGCCCUGGAAAUUUGGAACGUGAGCCGCGCUGAUUCUGGGGACUAUACCGUGACCUGUGAGAACGCUCAAGGGACAAACAGCACAAUGGUGACCCUGGACGUACAUUACUCUCCAACUAUUCGUAGCCUUGGGGACCCUACAGAGGUGGAUUUGGGGGGCCGAGCGGAGAUUGUGUGCACAGCUGAUGCCAAUCCGGCCACGGACGGCAUGUUCCAGUGGAGGUGGCUGGGGGACGAAGACCGCGAUCUCUCUGGUCUGGAGCGAAAAGUUGACGGUCUCACCGGACGCCUGAUUAUCACUGAAGCUAAGAGGUCAGAUGCCGGACGCUACGAGUGCACGGUAGAAAACGGGGUGCCUCCAGCCGUGAAGGCCGACGCUCGCUUGAUUGUGCGCUUUAAGCCAGAGAUACAGAAGGGGGUGCACCUGAGCAAGGUGGCUGUAGCAGGAGAUGGGAAGACCUCCACUGGCCUCCUCUGCAAAGCUGAGGGGAUCCCAUCCGUAUCAUUCAGCUGGGCGAAAAAUGGAGUGACUCUGGAUUUCAAGAACCCCAGGUACUCGGUCCAGAUGUCCCACGAGCAUUGGGUUCACACCAGCACUCUGAUUAUCGCCAACGUCAGCGCGGUGCAUGACUACGCCAUCUUCACAUGCACCGCCACCAACGCUCUUGGAUUGGACAUCUUCUCCAUCCACCUCGUCAGCACCAGUCGUCCGGACCCUCCAUCCGACCUGAAAGUCCUCAGCUUCACACAUAAUUCCAUCACUUUGGGGUGGAGUGCUGGCUUUGAUGGCGGCCUGGAGCAGAGGUUCCGUGUGAGGUACCGGUGGAGCGGCGUGGACAGUCACAUGUAUGUGGAUGUCUUCCCACCUCAGUCCACGGUGUUUACCAUUUCGGGCCUAAAGGGCAGCACCGCCUAUAACUUCUCAGUCAACGCCAUCAACGUGUUGGGAGACAGCGACUACGCAGAUGGAAAUGCCAUCAUUACGGUCACCACACAAGCGGACUUCCAAGUGGAGAUCUCAAAACCAGAAGCAUCAACGCCGGCUACACCACAGGCAGAUGCCUUGGCUUGGACGCCAUAUUUGUUUGCUGCAAUGGGAGGAGGCGGGGCUCUGCUUAUCAUAUCCAAUGCAGGUCUUGUCUGUUGCCUGGUGAGGAGACACAGGAUGAGAAAAAAAGAAGGAGAUGCCGUAAAGAAAGACGACAGCAUACCCAAAGGUGCCCUUAAUGAGUAUGGAGAUGGAGAACUUAUCAACACUCAAGCCAAGAAGACAUUGCUGAUUGACAGCGGCUCAGAAACCGGGUCCAGUGUGUACCAGGACAGCACAUCAGAGUCUGGUCUCUAUUACUAUCCUACACGGGACUACCAGCCAUCCCUCUCCCCUCACUAUGAGAGUGCAGAGAGAGGGGACCCGCGGCUCCAGGACUGGACAGAGGCUGGAUAUGAAGACUGGUAUGGGGACUCUGAUGUCCAUGAGUAUGAGGAAGUACAAGGCGUUUACCCUCCAUCCUCCAGGUCAAGAUGGCCUCCUGCCACUACGCAGGCCAGCCAAAGAAGGGAGGCACCAUGGGAAGGGUUCCAAGGGGCAGUUGGAGUCUACGAUGAACCUGACUUGACAUCACCUGCAACAUACGAGGCGCUUUACGGUGGGCAGGGACACUUGGUGUGACCUGGAGAGAGCUUUUGAUGGC